AUGGUUUCCAAUUCGUCUUCAUACUGGAAAAUGACUGAUUCAAACUCUAGCAUUGAAAAACAGCAGGUUAUCACUACUCAAGAGAGUGGUAUAGAUGUCACCAACCACCUUGAAAUCGAUGACCACUCCAUCAGCGAGUUUAUUCGGGAAACACGACCAUGGUAUCGUGUUUCUCACCUCGUUUACUUGAACAUUUGUGUGUUUUUGGUGACUCUUACCUCCACCAAUAAUGGCUACGAUGGUAGUAUGUUGAACGGUCUUCAAUCUUUGAGUUCAUGGCACACAAAGAUGGGAAACCCCACUGGCCACAUCUUGGGAGCUUUGUCCAAUGGUACGAUUUUUGGUGGUAUUCUUGCACUUCCCAUCGCACCGUAUAUUUCUGAUCGGUUUGGAAGAUGGUGGGCCAUUGUUGGUGGAGAAUUGAUUACCGUUAUUGGUGCUAUUCUUCAAGGUGCUUCGACAAACUAUGGCUUUUUCCUCGUGGCCAGAUUAUUCUUGGGUUUCGGCUCAAUGGUGGCUGUGGUGGGAAGUCCUACGCUUAUUUCUGAACUCGCAUACCCUACCCACAGAAUGGUCGCUACCACCUUCUACAACACCUGCUGGUACUUGGGUGCUGUUAUUGCUGCCUGGGUUACUUAUGGGACUCAGGACGUGAAGGGCAACUAUGCAUGGAGAAUUCCUAGUUAUUUGCAGGCUGCUUUACCUGCUAUUCAGCUUGCAUUCAUGUGGAUGGUACCAGAAUCACCCAGAUUUCUAAUUAGCAAAGGAAAACUCGAACAAGCUGAAAAGAUCCUAACCAAGUUCCACAUUGGAAACUCAACCCACCCUGACGACGUUGCUCUCGUCAAAUUUGAGAUGAGAGAGAUCGAGAGGGCCAUUGAGGUGGAGAAACUCCAAAAUAAGACCAAAUACUCCGACUUCAUUAAGCGCAAAACUUACAGAAAACGUCUUUUCAUCUGUAUGUUUGUUCCCACCAUCAUGCAACUUUCUGGUAAUGGUCUUGUUUCCUACUACUUAAGUAAGGUGUUGAUAACCAUUGGUAUCACCGAGACCAAAAAACAGCUCGAAAUUAACGGAUGCUUGAUGAUCUACAAUAUGGUCAUUUCCAUGACAGUUGCUGCUGUUGUCAAUCGGUUCCGCAGAAGAACCUUGUUCUUAUUUUCUACCGGAGCCAUGUGUGUCACCUAUGUUAUCUGGACCGCCUUGUCUGCGGUUAACGAGCAAAAGGACUUCAAGGACCACUCGUAUGCCAAUGGUGUCUUGGCAAUGAUUUUCCUCUACUACUGUGCGUAUGACAUUGGUGUCAAUGGUUUGCCAUUCUUGUACAUCACGGAGAUCUUGCCAUACAGUCACAGAGCCAAGGGUAUCAACAUUAUGCAACUUGUCAAUCAAAUCGUGUUGGUUUACAACGGGUUUGUAAAUCCAAUUGCCAUGGAUGCCAUCUCGUGGAAAUAUUACAUCGUCUAUUGUUGUGUCAAUUUCUGUGAGUGCAUCAUCGUUUACUUCUUCUUUCCCGAAACAUCCGGCUACACUUUGGAAGAGGUUGCCAAGGUGUUUGGAGACGAUCCGGAUACUACCAUCCAUAUUCUUGCCACUCCAAAGGAAAAAUUAUCGCUUGAACAUGCUGAAAAAGUAUGA